GGCUAAACCAAAAUUUGGAAAACAUUCCACAUGGGUUUAAUCCGCAGGGGUCAAAGGUAAAAAUGCAUAUGCAUUUUCGUGACGGUCAAAUGAGCAAACUAUGGCGGGUGGUUCGGCUGGAAACUGGUGUUUGAUCGAAAGCGAUCCUGCCGUUUUUACAGAGCUGAUCAGAGGGUUUGGAGUUACAGGUGCUCAGGUUGAAGAGAUAUGGACACUGGAUGAUGAAGCUAGCCUGGCAAGACUCAAACCAGUGCAUGGGCUGAUUUUCCUGUUCAAAUGGCAAGCUGGGGAAGAACCUUCGGGAGCCGUUGUGCAGGAUAGCCGAUUGGAGAAAAUAUUCUUUGCCAAACAGGUCAUAACGAAUGCUUGCGCCACCCAAGCCAUCCUGAGCGUUCUUCUGAAUUGCCAGCAUGAGGACAUUGACCUUGGCAAGAAGCUCAGCGAGUUUAAGGAGUUUACCAGCAGCUUCGACCCCACCAUGAAAGGGCUUAGCAUCAGUAACUCUGAAGUCAUCAGACAAGUGCACAACGGCUUCUCGAGACAGCAGAUGUUUGAGUUUGAUUCUUCCCUUGCCAACAAAGAUGAGGAUGCCUACCAUUUUGUCGGUUACAUCCCAAUCAGCGGCAGGUUAUAUGAACUGGACGGGUUGAAGGAGGGACCCGUCGAUCUAGGAAAGUGUGAUCCCGAUGACUGGCUUAAGACUGUCAAACCAGCCAUUGAACAAAGAAUAAAAAAAUACAGUGCUGGGGAGAUCCACUUCAAUCUCAUGGCGAUUAUCUCCGACCGGCGGAUGAUAUUUCAGCGCAAGUACGACAAGAUGAAAGCGCAACUGGACGCACUGGAGACGCAGGGUGAGGUCAUGGAAACUGACCAGUCAGCCAGCAAGCCGCAGACGGCUGCCAGCAUCCAAUCAGAGCUCGGCAGAUUGACCAUGCUUCUGGAGGAGGAAGACAAGAAAGCCAAAAGAUUCAAGGUGGAAAAUAUCAGACGAAAACACAACUACCUUCCGAUGAUCAUGGAGUUGUUAAAAGUUCUGGCCAGUAAAGGAGAAUUGCUACCACUCGUUCAGAAGGCCCAAGAGAAAGCUGCAGCUCAGGCCACGGAGACGGAAAAAGACAAGAAGGAAGCGGAGCCUUCAAAGUGAGAGCAUCCUUCACACCUUAUUCAUACACCCCUCUCCUUGGUUUUUUUAUCAAACUACCACUUCAGACAAGGUUCAGAUUAUCAUGUCGAUCUACAAGGACGUUUCUCUGUUUGAAUUUGUCAUUCUAGCCUUGAAUAGCCUAUCAUUGUUCUGGAACAGCAGGAUAUUUUGCCAGAGAGCAAUGUUUAUUCAGGAUUAGCACUGAUUGUUUCCAUGGCAACAACCCUGGGGUGUCCACUGGAAUACAGCCAAGUUUCUAUCCACAAAAAGGUCCUGUGACUUCUGCAUAUCAGGUAGAUCCAACCCCAGCCAACAGCCAGACUAAGUGGCAGUUACAAAACUAUCAAGCCUGACUUUCAAACCAACAUUCUUGAUUAUUUUUGCCUUUACUCAAACUCUAAAGCAUCUGCGUUAGGGGUUAAUUUUUUUCCCCUGGUGCAGUCACGAUGUCUGUGACCUUUCUGGAGUUGGCUCUUCCUCUCGUUUAUUUUCAAUACAUAUCUGUCUGGCACUCCAAUACAUGUUUGAGGUGAGCAAGGAGGAUUUCCUGCAAGAAGUGUGCAUUUGGGUUAUCACUUAUGUUUUCAGUUAUACAAUUGGGGAUCCAGCAUUUACAAAAAUGGGGGUGGGAAGCACUCAGCAAUUUUGAAAGUAGGAGCCCCAAGUAGGGGUGAAACCGAACUUAUAAGUGGAUGUACUUUUUUAAUGAGAAUUUCUGUCCUUAAAGUUAUUAGAUAGCCAGGGAAGGGCAAAAGAAGAAAAAAGAAACAAUGGAAAGAUAUCACUACCAAAAAAAGUGAAAAAACAAUUUAAUGGGGAGUGGGGUGUAUGUCAGGUGUGACACCCCCCCCCGUCUGUUAAUGAGCUCACUGACUGCAGUCCCAAUUCAUCCUCUACAGUGUCCCUCACUAUAGAAGUCAAUGUGUCAUAUACAUUGAAGAGCUGUUAAGGUGAUUUUCCGUUUUGACAUCAGAACCAUCGGCUCAUCCUUUCUGUCUGAUGUAAUUGAUCGAAAGGCAAUCCCAGUGCCAGCCAAUGUUUCGCAAUCAAUGUCCUGGCACUGGGCCAGGAUGUGCUCAGAACGAGGGCGGGUUGUGUAAGGCAUGCUCCAGUCCACUCCACCUUUAACAGAAACACCCCCUGAUUGGAUGAAAAGAGCCAUGUUUGUGGGGAGUGUCCAAUUUGUUGGUAGCCAUGCGACUACAACGUUUGCAUUUUCAUAGUCCUUUGUGAUGAAGUGAUUUGCUUGCCAUGAAAUAAGGUAUUUGGUGGCCUGUCGUGUCAAGAUUGGCAAGGCCUUCUGCGUAAUAUCUCUAUUAGAAAUACAGAUAUUACUAUUUCACGAUUUAAUGUUGACUUUGUGCAUCUUGAAAUAGAAUUAGAAAUACAGUGUAUCUCGAUUUUGGGAUUAAAUGUCAACUUUGCACGCCAUUAAAAACACUGUUGAUGCGCCUUUGAUCCAGAAUGUACGUCAGUGGGAACGGCAUUUCGCCAUGCUGACCCUUGACCCGUUCGCCAGAUCCAAGUACCUUAAGUGUUAAUCGCACAUAACUGUUUUGACAACUAAAUCUUGCAACUGUGCUGGUCACAACUUUGGAUAAUCAUUCAAAGAUUUAUUUCAGUUCUUUGACUUGCAUUGGGCUAAUUCACAGCAUACAUCGAUUACAUGUAUUGGCCAUUGUCCAAAUGACGUAGCUUGUAAAAAGCAGCACAUAAUUUCAGAUGCUAACCAACGAGCCAGAAAAACGCCUGUAGAGCCUAGGGGGAUUAAUUGGGGGGGGGUGUCACAGGUAUUACGGGAUCUGGAGGUGUCAGACACAACCUGAGCUCCCCUGAGCUUGAGAAAGCAGUGCACCUGUCAUUAAAUAGAUCUGGCACUAAACAUUGCUUCUAAGACACCCCCUUUCAAUGUCAGUGCUGUCUUCAUUUGCUGUGUGCGUUUAUUUUCGGAGCAAAUGCAUAGUGGAAAGCCUUACCAAUUCAUUUUUUGACGUUUUGUCUAAGGGGAUGCUUCUCCCCUACCUUAUCGUGACGCCCAUGGUCCUGAUAUUUUACAGCUUCAGAAUUAUCAGUUUUUGUUUGCUUUUCGACUUGGCGAUUUUGUGUCAUUGAUCGUGGCGUGCCUAUUAAUCAACAGCUUGAAUUAAUCGGUUUACAGAAGUUGGCAGCCGGUUUUACAGACGUUGUUAGAUAUUUGUGUUUGUUGUGGGUUUUCAUUUUAAUUCACCCGUGGCCUGUUGUACAGGUUGUUCUGUUUAUUCCUUGUUUGUUCAAGCGUUUGUAAGCAAGUGAAGAAUUCUUCAGCCUGAUUAUUGUGCCACAUGUGAACAACUGUACCUAAUGUGGAAAUAAAAAGCAACACGAUUUCUGCCACAGAAACCAACAAGAAAGAAUGAAUCCUAACAUAUUAAACUUGUAUAACGUCAGUAUUUAUGUUGCUACAGUAGGACUGGUAGUUUCCCAUACAUCUCUUUGGAUCGACCCAUGGAAGAAAAUUUAUGUUCUUUCUUCAACCUAUAAACAUGUGCCUGUAUUGCUCAAAGGCGUAAAUAAAAUAAUUGUAUUUCAGUGUUGAAUAACA